UUAAAGCCAUCCCAUGCUAUCUUUCAUUUCAUCAUCAAAAUUCAAAACCAACAAAAGACUACUAAUAAUUAAUUAAUUCGAUGAAGAUGAGAAGGAAUAAUAUUCAUACCAUUCUUGUGCUGGUUUCUCUUAUGGCAGUUGUUAUUACUAGUGCUGUUGGUGAUGACGAUGACGGUGAUGACGAUUACAGAGAAAUCUAUAACAAUCAUGGAGUAGGGCUUCGGAUGAAUUUUUAUGGAAAAAGUUGUGAAACACUUGAGAAAACAGUACGUGAUAUUACGUGGGCCAAGGUUAGUGCUGAUCAAACCAUGGCUGCUAAGCUACUAAGGCUACACUACCACGAUUGUUUCGUCCGGGGAUGUGAUGCAUCAAUCUUGAUUGAUCCAUUAAACAGUGAUGACAAUACGACAGAGAAGAGUGCUAUUCAGAAUCGAUCGGUGAAAGGAUAUGAAGUAAUUGAUGAAAUUAAAGAAAAGCUUACAAGUGAAUGCCCUGAUGCUCAAAUUUCAUGUGCUGAUAUUGUUGCCUUAACAGCCCGAGAUGCUGUUUCUUACCCCAACAAAAAGCCUCUAUGGCCGGUGUUCACAGGGAGAAGAGACGGAAGAGUGUCACUGGCCACAGAAGCAUCAAGGGACUUGCCUUCCGCAUCAUCAAACUUCAACACUCUUUCUACCCACUUUGCCAGAUUUAAUCUUGACGAAACUGAUCUCGUUGCCUUAUCUGGUGCACACACUCUUGGAGUAACACAUUGUCCAUUAAUGUUUCGGAGAUUGUACAACUUCACCGGUAACGGAGACACAGACCCUGCUUUGGACCCAGACUAUGCAACAAUGCUUAAAGCUACAUGCCCACCACCAGCAAACCCUAGGACAACUGUGGAGAUGGACCCUGGGAGCUCUUUGAUCUUCGACAGCCAUUACUAUGAUGGUGUUACAAGAAAUCAAGGAGCCUUCUCAUCUGACGCUGCGCUUCUCACUAACCCACUGGCUGCCCGUCUUGUCGAAAGCUUUCGCGACUUUGAUACUUUUAAGUCGGCAUUUGCUCGUUCUAUGGUCCAUAUGGGCGCCAUUGAUAUUCUUACGGGUGAUGAGGGCGAGAUCAGAACUAAUUGUCGAUUUAUUAAUUAAUAAUUUAAUAAUUAAGUUUGUUAUUAUUUUUUUUAUGUGAAAAACAAUAAUACUCAAUAAGUCGAGUGGUGGUUGAAUUAAAAACCAUGCAUAACAUUUAUUAUUAUUGGCCAUGUUAAAAUAUGGCCACAAAUAAUGUGUAAUAUUUAUAAUUUGAGCUAUCAAAA